UAUCCCAGAGGGCUUGAGACUGACGCUGUCUAUGACCAGUUCCUUCUCAGUUCUGAACCGCCCUUAUCCCGUGCCAGUGCCUCCCGGGUCAAUGUGAAGUGCCGUCUGCUCCUGAUCCCAAGCCUGUGCUGGGACUUCUGGGUGAACAGGGUCAGAUCUCCCCGCGCGUGAAUCUAAAGAAGCCCUGGUCCUUUAGGGGCUCUGUGGAGUUACAGCCCAGGGCACCCCUUCCCGAGUUCUGACAGAUUGGCUGGAGCUUCAGAAAGUGGGCCUUUAGACCAGAGUGUUUGGGUCUGGGGAGGAGGAGGGCUGGGCAGGGGCCUCAGGCAGGGGCUGGCCUGGGGUCUCAGGGAACGAACGUGCUGGAAUCGCUCUGCCUUCCCUACUAAGGGUCUGAGGACACAGGCCCAUCUGUAUCCCCGUCAUGGGGACCCUGGGGGUCCUCGUUUUGGCAUUGGCUGCAGGCCUGAGCACUGCUGGCCCACCUAACAUCGUGUUGAUCCUUGCUGAUGACCUGGGCUAUGGGGACCUGGGCUCCUAUGGGCAUCCCAGUUCCACCACCCCGAACCUGGAUCAGUUGGCUGCAGGGGGACUGCGUUUCACAGAUUUCUAUGUGCCUAUGUCUCUGUGCACACCAUCUCGGGCUGCCCUCCUGACUGGCCGGCUCCCAGUUCGAUCCGGCAUGUACCCUGGAGUUCUGGGGCCCACCUCCCAAGGGGGCCUGCCCCUGGAUGAGAUGACUCUGGCUGAGGUACUGGCUGCUGCAGGCUAUCUUACAGGGAUGGCUGGCAAGUGGCAUCUUGGAGUGGGACCAGAGGGGGCCUACCUGCCCCCACAUCAGGGCUUCCAUCGAUUCCUGGGCAUCCCAUAUUCCCAUGACCAGGGCCCCUGUCAGAACCUGACCUGCUUCCCACCAGACAUUCUCUGCGAUGGUGGCUGUGACCAAGGCGUGGUUCCCAUCCCAUUGCUAGCCAACCUGUCCGUGGAGGCCCAGCCCCCUUGGCUGCCUGGACUAGAGGCCCGGUAUGUGUCUUUCUCCCAACACCUCAUGGCUGAUGCCCAGCGCCAGGGACGACCAUUCUUCUUGUACUACGCUUCCCACCACACUCACUACCCUCAGUUCAGUGGACAAAGCUUCACAGAGCGCUCAAACCGUGGGCAAUUUGGGGACGCCUUGAUGGAGCUGGACGCAGCUGUAGGGGCCUUGAUGACAACUGUGGGGGACCUAGGUCUGCUCGGAGAUACACUGGUUUUCUUCACUUCAGAUAACGGUCCUGAAUUGAUGCGUAUGUCCAAUGGUGGCAACGCCGGCCUCUUGAAAUGUGGGAAAGGAACAACUUUUGAAGGUGGUGUCCGAGAGCCUGCUGUGGCCUUCUGGCCAGGUCACAUAUCUCCUGGUGUGACCCAUGAGCUGGCCAGCUCUCUGGACCUGCUGCCCACCCUGGCUUCCCUGAGUGGGGCUUCACUGCCCACCACCAUCUUGGAUGGUUUUGACCUCAGCCCCGUGCUGCUAGGCACAGGCAAGAGCCCCCGGACAUCUGUCUUCUUCUACCCGUCCUACCCAGACGAGGUCCAUGGAGUCUUUGCUGUGCGGAAUGGGAAAUACAAGGCUCAUUUCUACACCCAGGGCUCUGCCCACAGUGACACCACUUCAGAUCCUGCCUGUCACGCCGCCAACCCUCUUACCGCUCAUGAGCCCCCACUACUCUAUGACUUGUCUGAGGACCCUGGUGAGAACUACAAUCUUUUGGAAAGUAUGGAGGAUGUCUCCAUGGAAGUUGUACAGGCUCUGAAGGACCUCCAGCUACUCAAGGCCCAGCAUGAUGCAACUGUGAUCUUCAGCCCCAGCCAGAUAGCCAAGGGUGAGGACCCUUCCUUGCAGAUCUGCUGUCAGCCCAGCUGCUCUCCCCACCCAGUCUGCUGCCACUGCGCAGACACCCAGAACUGAGAGGAUUGGAGAAAUCACAGGGGUCCCCCAAGGGUAGCCCAGGACCCCCUAUCCCUGUCCUGAGUGUGUGAUGGUUCACCAGAGGGACAGGGGGUAAAGUGUGUAGUUUGUAUCUGUAAUGUAAUAAUAUCCGCUGAGACUUGGAGGCGUGCUAAUUCAUCUAAUCCUUGUGAUAACUCUGAGAUCAGUGCUGUCCGCCUGUGCCACAAACAAAGACAUGGAGGCAUGGGGAACCUCACGGACCUGUCCAAGUCCAAUGUCACCUCAGCAGAAAGAGCUUGAACUAGGAUUGGAACACAGGUAUCCAGGGUCUGAAAUUGUGUCCACGGACACAUCAUUGAAGCAUGGGCCUGUCCAUUCACAGAAGCAGCUAGUGCGUUCAGGUGCCAGGAACAACUGAGUGAGGGGUGGUGAGAGUAUGAUAUCCAGAAAGACCCUAAAGAUGCAAAGCACCUGGAAGAUAGGUUUUCCUAGAAAAGCUUUGUUAGAGACCCUGGAGCUGGCCACCUUGGUUCUCACAGGAACUCAGGCAUCUGGAAUUAGGUGAUAAACUGUUCAUUCCAGGUAGAGUAAAAAAAUAAAAAAAAAAAAAACAAAACUGGGGACUAUGCUAGCUCCCAGGAAGGACCAUUAGCAGCUCAUGAGACUGUCCCCAAGGGGUUUUACCCAUCCUCCCAAAGUCUGCAUUUCUCCUUUGUGCAUACUUCAAGUUUCCUUGUCCUGUCUAACUUUCUACAAAGUAAUCUUUUAAAAAUAUCUAUUGGGGGUCAAUGAGAUGACUCAGUGGGUAAAAGUACAUGUCAUGUAAGCCCACCAACCUGUGUUCAGUCCCCAGACACAUCAGAAGGCCAGAUACAGUGGCCCACAUCUGUAAUCCCAGCAUUCUCAGGGAAGAUAGGAAGGAAGAGAGAAUUGUCCAGAACCUUGCAGACCAGCUAGCCUAGAGUAUGCAGCAUGGUAGAAACAUGCCUCAACAAGGUAGAAAGAGAACCAGCUCCCCAAAGUUGUGCCCUGCCCUCUGCAUAUGCUCUGUGGCCUACACGUCUGAACUUACAUACAUCACACGCAUUCGAGCAACAACAACAACAAUAAUAAUAAAUGUAAAAAAAUGUA